AUGGAGCAGACUGAGAGCCCUCAGCAAAACUAUGAAAAGAUGAAGAACUACACCAUGUGCGACAUCUCCGAGUGGACGGCAUGCCCAUCGCUCAUUCCGGUGCUCCUCAUGUUCAUCUUCAUCUUGGGCCUAACCGGCAACAGUGUGGUCCUUUACACCGUGACGCAGGUGCAGGGGAAGCGGCGGGUGGCCCACAUCUAUAUCGGCAACUUGGCUCUGGCCGACUUGGUCUUCACGGUCACGCUGCCCCUUUGGGCGGUGUACACAGCUUUGGAUGAUCACUGGCCCUUUGGGGCGGCCCUGUGCAAGAUCAUCAGCUAUAUGGAUCUCCUCUCUAUGUACGCCAGCAUCUUCCUCCUCACCAGCAUGAGCUUUGAUCGUUACCGGGCCAUUGUGCAUUCACCGCCCAGCAACCAUUUGUGCGCCGGCAGCCACAUUGGCGCCUCCCUUUUUGCCGUCUGGACGCUGUCGGGUCUCCUGUCUGUCCCUGUCCUCGUGUUCCGCAACACCCAGCAAGACCCGAGGACCAACAGAACUUUCUGCACCAUGGACUACAGCCUGGUCGUGAGCAACAGGCAUCAGGAGAGCCAGUGGCUCGCCCCGGCUAGCUUGUUGCUGUCCUCCCUGGGGUUUUUACUCCCCUUACUGGCCAUGAUUGUGUGUGGCUGUCCCGUGAGCCGCCCCUUCAACAUGUGGCGCAAGGAGGACCAACGCAAGUGGCGGCUCUUGAAGAUCAUCAUCACGGUGGUUGUGAUCUUCGCCGCCUGCUGGCUCCCCUACCAUGUGGUGAGAAGCACGGGCGCCCUGUUCGAACUGGACUUGUUCCCGACCUCCUGUGCUUUCCAGCGUUUCCUGUUGCUGGCCUACCCGUACACCGCCUGCCUGGCCUACAUCAACAGCUGUCUCAACCCCUUCCUCUAUGCCUUCUUUGACCUGCAUUUCAGGUCGCACUGCCUGGGCCUUCUUCACCUCAAGAAGUCCCACCAGACACCGACGGAGGUGUAGCACGCCCGGAGGACUCAAUAAACACUCGGUGC